GGAGAUGAGGGUUCUCAAGGGGACAUUUCUGCCAGUGCUGCAGGCAGAAAGCCUUCAGACAGACACCAAGGCUCCCUGCAAGCGAGCAAGCAAAAGAAGCACAAUCUCUGCAGAGAACGCAGGGGCCUUCCUCCCCUCCAUCUAGAGAAGUGAGUCCUGUGCUCCAGGAUGAUCCACCCCAACUUCCGGAUCCUUUCAGCCCAAGGCCUCCUUCUCCUCUGCAGUCUUUCCUACUUUGGCACCCAAGGUCCUUAUGCAGAAGCAGAGUCAGAUGCGAUCUCUGGAGCAGCCAUUUUCUCCAACCAUUCCCUGAAUGGGACAGGUGUGAUACCUCUCACUUGCCAGAGUUUCCGGUGUUCGGGAGAGAAGUGCUACCAGGAGGAGGCCCAUGGCAACAAUUCCCAGAUCUGCCACAAUGCUUCACACUGUGAGCUCUAUCGUCUCAACAGCACCAGCUACACAGCCCGAUGCAGUAGUGAUUGUGGAAGUGCCAAUGCCACGGAGAUGUGCCUUCACAGCGGAGGACUGGGCCUGGAGCUCUGCAUUAUGGAAUGUUGCAACUCGUCCAACUGCCUGCAGCUCAAUGCCACGGCAUACGGUGACAGGGCACCCACCACCACCCCAGUUCUCACCACUACCACCAAGACCACCGCAGCACCCCCCCGCAAUGGAAAGGUUUGCUCGAGCUUCACCUGCCAUGGAGAAGGCUGCUACAAAGGUCAGAAGUCCUCAACCAGCUGCAUUGUGGGCAACGACUUCUGUGAGAUGAAAAAAACAGGCUCCCAUUUUGUGGCAGGCUGUAGCCGAACUUGCAAAACCAAGGGCCACCCGUGCUCCCACAAAUCUCCUGCUGCGUGCUACCAAGAGUGCUGCCAGGCUAUGCCUAAAACCAGCUGCCUGAAGCUGGAUGGGAAAGUGCACUUCAACAGGGCGAGCGCCCUGGCUUCGGCUUCUCUGUUCCAGCUCCUGGGCUGGGCUGCCCUGCUCACUCCCUUUUCCAGGGGCUCAACGUGUUCCGUAGCGCUUUGGCAGGACGUCUCGCUGACCUUCCUCCUCCCACCGAAGGAAGCGGCGCUUUCCAGGCAGGAGAGCCACCCCCGCACCCCGGCCUCCGCUGCGCGAUACUCCGGCCAGGUUCCUCCGCGGCCGCACCGCCAGAGCGGAGUAGCGUUAGGGGAACGGGAGGCGGAUGCUCCCCCUCCUCCCUGGACAGGCUCUUCCCGUUGCUCGAUGUUGGACGUGCGCUGCUUCCUUUAUCCCCCUGUGCAAAUAAAGUCUCCGACACCCUGCAGCGAUUCGGGAGUGUGA